UCACUGCCUGAAGCAGUAAUCGGACAACUCUCUUUCUCACGAGGACGGGUCUCCUGAGAUAGCGCGCGGGGCUCCAUGGGUUCCAACACCUACAAUGAAAAAGAAAAAAGUAGUCUUGUAGUUUACAUUUAUUGUGCUACAGAUUCCACCUGAAGAAGUCGCUCAGAGUGUGUGUCCGUUCUGCUGGACUGAAGCGUCUCUAGAGAAGAUUGUUUUUAAAGAAGACAUAAGAAGGGAUAAACACAGGGAUUCAAACAUAAUUCUAGUCUAUGGAAAUGCAGGAUCUAGCCAGUCCUCACAGCCGAGUAAGUGGAAGCAGUGAAUCUCCUAAUGGUCCCAACCUCGACAACUCCCACAUCAAUAACAAUUCCAUGACACCCAAUGGCACUGAAGGUGAUAACAUCACAAUGCUCACCACUGCAGACUGGUUGUUAGGUUCUAACUCACAGUCCGCUGCAGUUAAAACCGAGCCAAUGAGCAGCAGCGAAAUCGCCACCUCGGUAGCAGACACCUCUCUAGACAGCUUCUCAGGAUCAGCUAUUGGAACCAGUGGCUUCAGCCCAAGACAAACUCACCAGUUCUCUCCACAGAUUUACCCUUCCAACAGAACAUAUCCGCAUAUUCUUCCUACCCCUUCAUCCCAAAAUAUGGCUGCGUAUGGGCAGACGCAGUACACCACAGGAAUGCAGCAGGCCGCAGCUUAUGCUAGCUACCCCCAGCCUGGCCAGCCCUAUGGCAUCCCAGCUUAUGGUCCAUUGUGGGCAGGCAUAAAGACAGAGGGGGGUUUGAGCCAGUCCCAAUCCCCGGGACAGACGGGCUUCCUCAGCUACAGCUCCGGCUUCACCACGCCGCAGACAGGACAGGCCCCCUACAGUUACCAGAUGCAGGGUGAGGACAUCUCUGUGGCUUCAUCUACACGUCAGUUCGGGUCUUUGCAUGGUGGCACUUUCACAACUACGUCAGGAUUGUAUCCAGGAAACAACUCGCUGACGAACUCGAGCGGCUUCAACAGCACACAACAGGACUAUGCCAGUUAUCCAGCCUUCGGUCAGGGGCAGUAUGCUCAGUAUUACAACAGCUCACCCUACACUUCACCCUACAUGACGAGUAACAACACCAGCCCCAGCACGCCCUCCACCACCACCACCUACACCCUCCAGGAGCCCCCCACUGGCAUCACCACCCAGCCCGUCCAAGAGAACCCUGCAGCAGAGUACAGCACCAUCCACAGUCCAUCAACCCCCAUUAAAGAUUCAGAUUCGGAUCGAUUGCGCCGGGCCUCGGAUGGAAAGUCACGUGGCCGGGGAAGAAGGAACAACAACCCAUCACCGCCGCCUGACUCCGACCUUGAGCGAGUUUUCAUCUGGGACCUGGAUGAAACAAUCAUUGUUUUCCAUUCCUUGCUGACGGGUUCUUAUGCCAACAGAUAUGGACGGGAUCCGCCGACAUCUGUAUCAUUAGGCCUGAGGAUGGAAGAGAUGAUCUUCAACUUGGCCGACACGCAUCUAUUCUUCAACGACUUGGAGGAAUGUGACCAGGUACAUAUUGACGAUGUGUCCUCCGAUGAUAACGGCCAGGAUCUGAGUACGUAUAACUUUGGCGCUGAUGGUUUCCACGCAGCGGCGACCAGCGCCAAUCUAUGUCUGGCCACAGGCGUGCGGGGCGGCGUGGACUGGAUGAGAAAACUGGCCUUCCGUUACAGACGAGUAAAAGAAAUCUACACCACCUACAAAAAUAACGUCGGAGGUCUACUGGGCCCAGCCAAAAGGGAAGCCUGGUUGCAAUUGCGAGCAGAAAUUGAAGCCUUGACGGACUCCUGGUUAACACUGGCACUGAAAGCACUAACAUUAAUCCACUCAAGGUCAAACUGUGUGAAUAUCCUGGUGACCACCACGCAGCUCAUCCCGGCCCUGGCUAAAGUCCUGCUCUACGGCUUGGGGAUAGUCUUUCCUAUCGAGAAUAUUUAUAGUGCAACCAAAAUAGGGAAGGAGAGCUGCUUUGAGAGAGUAAUUCAAAGGUUCGGGAGGAAAGUUGUUUACAUUGUUGUUGGAGAUGGUGUGGAAGAGGAGCAAGGCUCGAAAAAGCACAACAUGCCCUUCUGGAGGAUCUCCAGCCAUUCAGACCUCAUGGCCCUCCACCACGCUCUAGACCUGGAGUACUUGUAGCACUGCAGCACCAUCACUACACCCUGCUCCGCCUCGGCAUACCCUGCAACCUUUCACCUCCGCCCUCCAGCCCCGUCCCACGCUUGCUGCAGACCCUGCAGCUCAGUAAAGACCCCCCUGUGCUGCCUGGCGUCUGUCUUCCACUACACAGGAAGAGAAGAAGAGGAGAAUGGAGAGAAAAGAAGGCUGAGCACACGGUUAAUGUGCUGACAUGUGGUCACACUUCGUCUUAACCCUAAACCUUUUUUUUUUUUUU